AAAUUUCUAAUCAAGGUGAACCUGCCGCAGCCCCUCGCCCCCAAACUGCAGACCGUCAGUUCUAUCCUGCGUUAAGUGUGAGCUCCUUGGGGGCAGACAGCAUCCAUGCUAGCCCAGAGUGAGGGCUCAGUGAAGGCUUGUUGGACGACUAAGUGACAUGAGGGCCUGUGCAAAUUGUGGUCUCUGAACACCACUAAGAUGUACAAUGCUCAUUUUUGUCAACUCUAAGUACUGGGCUUACCGAGCCAAUAGUGCCAGCGCUGGAGCCAUUAUUUGCACUUUUUACAAACAAUUCUUUGGGUAGGGCCCAACAGCACCCUUCCCAUCCCCCUUUGUAAAACAGAAGAAAUCAAGUUGGGCGCAGGCGAAUCAAGUUGGCUACUGGGGCGCACACGGCCCGGUGCCCGCGUGGGGCAGCGGGACCUGGGCUCAGGGCUCUUGUCCCUCUGUCUUGGCUCUGACUGGUCAGGUUACUCGCUCUGGUGUCUGCCAUAAGAGGGGCCCAACUGUGGUUCCCACGAUGGCGCGGAGUAAAAUCAGGGCUGAAGAGGAGCCUCAGAUCCUAGUCCGAGGCCCCAAGCGAAGCCAGCCCGUGGUACCCUGACAGUUCAGAACCGUGUAAAGCUGAGGCAGGCAGUCGUGUGUGCACCGGCUCUGCCCUGGGUGUGCGAUGCUAUCUCCGACUUUUGCAGAUCCAGCGGCUGCAACCAUGGCGAAUCUGCAAGAAUCUCCCAGGGUCGAACCCAUGGCUGAGGAGCGGUCCGGGUCCUGGUUCGGCUUCGGAUUCUGCGGCUUCGGGCAGGAGCCGGGCUCCGGGUGCAGGUGCCAGGUGCUCAGCCCCGAGCCUCUGCAGGCGGUCCGGGACAUCUGCCGCGUGAGCGCCAGCUGGAGCUACACCGCCCUGGUGACCCGCGGAGGCCGCGUGGAGCUGUCGGGUUCCGCGAGCGGCGCGGCGGGCGGCUGCAGGGACGCGUGGGCCUCCGAGGAGAUCCUCGUGCUGCUGCGCGACGGCCCAGGGUCCUUCCGCCGCGGCCUGGCCCCGGAGCUGCGCGCGCGCCGGCUGGAGCUGGGCGCCGAGCAUGCGCUGUUGCUGGACGCUGCCGGCCAGGUGUUCUCCUGGGGCGGGGGCAGACACGGACAGCUGGGCCAUGGGACGCUGGAGGCGGAGCUGGAGCCAAGGCUGCUGGAGGCGCUGCAGGGCCUGCCCAUGGCCCAGGUGGCGGCGGGGGGCUGGCACUCCGUGUGCGUGAGCGAGACCGGGGACCUUUAUAUCUGGGGCUGGAAUGAAUCAGGGCAGCUGGCCUUGCCCACAAGGAGCCUGGCAGAGGACAAGAGGACAGUCACAGGGGAAGGGCUGAACCAAGAUGGUUCCCAAGUGGAGAGAGCAGCCGGGACCGAGGAUGGAGCCCCUGCCCCCUUCAUAGCUGUCCAGCCCUUCCCAGCCCUGCUGGACCUUCCCCUGAGCUCAGACGCAGUCCUGGCCAGCUGUGGAUCCCGGCACACAGCUGUGGUGACACGAACAGGAGAGCUCUACACCUGGGGCUGGGGUAAAUAUGGACAGCUCGGCCACGGGGACAGUGCCAGCUUGGACCGGCCCUGCCGCGUGGAAUACUUUGUAGAUAAACAGCUCCAAGUAAAAACUGUCACCUGUGGGCCCUGGAACACGUACGUGUAUGCUGUGAAUGGGAACAGCUGAUGUGUAUUUACAUGUGUUUUUCAAGUUGUAAAAUACAUAGAAAAGUACAUAAAACAAAUGUACAGUAUAUUAAAAAUGACAAAGCUAACACUUGUGACGCGCCCGCUCUGGCCGGGGAAACCCAUGCCGGCACCCAAGGCCCUGGUCUGCCCCUGCCCGUCGCAGCCCAGCCUCUCCCCACCACCGUGCAGCGGGGAACUGCAGAGCGCAGACCCUGGGCUGGACCUCGGGGGUGUCCCCCAGGUGAUUGUGAAGUAUGGCAGCCUGGGGAACACUAAGGUCAUCUAUUGCCAUUCAUGUCCUUGUUUAAUUCAGGUUGGUUUUUUUUUCCGGUACCCGGAAUCGAACUCACAACCUCGUGCUUGCCAGGCAGGCGCUGUGCCGCUGAGCUAAAUCCCCAGCCCCCGUCCUUGUUUAAUUCAGAACUUUAACACUUUUGUACGUACUCUGACUUACAAACAAGUUCCGUUCUGGAAAACGUUCAUAAGUCAGAUUUGUUCCUAAGUCUGACAGAGUGAGCUUUAUACAGUACACCUGUGAAAGUUCGCAACUGGAAUGUUAUAAGUUGGGCACUCACUGUACAGUAGUUCGCCUGCUUCUCAACAGCAGGUAAACAGUCAUUGUGGGUAUGUCAUUUUGUUUUGGAGGCAGGGUCUUGCUGUGUAGCCCAGGCUGACCUUCAACUCGUGACCUGGGAUUACAGGCAUGCGCCACCAACCUGGCUUUUAUGUCUGUUCCUUUUGUCUAACAUUUCCAUGCAUUGUUGCGUGAUCCAUGUGUUGUAUCCUGAAGUUCACUCAUUUGUAUGCAGUGAGGUGCUCCACUGUGUGAAUAUAGCUUAAGCUCUGUA